AACAUUUCAUCUGUGUUUAUUGUUUCUGUUGUACAUGUCUUUCAACAGAUUUUCGGAGCCGUUGAAUUGGUAGAGCGAGUGUGCCAGAGGGCUGUGGACUCUGCUCUGUGUACAGUGAUCUUCAGGAAAUGGGAUGCAUAGCGUCUACACCUAAGGAUGCUGGUGGAAACAGGAGGAGACCUGCAAGUAUAGGAGAGCUUUCUGUCUAUGUUCCGGGGUUUCGAAUACCUAAACCUGUUGAUUUCUCUCAGGCUCUCGGCGACCAGUUGUCGAAGAACUUAGUCGAACGACUCUCUGCUCUAAGAACCCGGAUUGUGGUUAUGGCCGGCCAAGAAGCACCGACUGUUACUAGAACACGAAGGAGAAGUGCUACACAACAUGGCGGUUCAACAUUGGCUGAUCUUCAUCAGGCUCUUGAAGAUUACUUGCCUGUUCUUUUGGGUUUAGUUAAAGAUGGUAGCCAACUACAACACAAUAUCCAAUUUGUGUGGGUAAAUCAAGAGGAUGAGGCAGAGGAGACGUCAAUGUCAAAUGCAUGGUAUGAGGUACUGUCUGUUUUGCACUUGAUGGCAGUUCUAUCAUUAUCACAGGCAAACUUGUUACUUCUCCCAAGAACAUCGGCCGAUGGUUAUCAGCCAAAAGUAUCAGAAGAAAGCAGGCGGGCAUCGGUUGACAUAUUCUUGAAGGCCGCUGGAUACUUGGAUUGUGCAGUUAGGCAUGUUCUUCCACAUUUACCUGCUGCGCUGAGUAGGAGAGACUUGCCAGUGGACCUUGCCGAAGGAGUUCUUCGAGCACUUUGUCUACAGGCCUUGGGGCAGACCGUUGAUAUCCAACUCGGGAUGGCAAUUGAUAGUGCCAAAGCAACGCUGGCAGUGAAACGGAGGCUUGCAUGCGAGAUGGUUAAGUAUUGGCAGCAGGUACUGCUUCAAAAUUUAUUACCUUAAUUUGAGGUUGG